AUGUCGAUCGUGUUGAUUGUAUUUCUUUCGAUCCUACGUUUUACCAGCAGUCAAGAAAUUGUAUCUCCAUAUGUUUUUGCCGACUGUAAGCAUUUGAUACUCCCACCUCGAUGUCAAUGUUAUCAUUCGGGUCACGAAUCGCAACUACGUUGUUUGAAAAGCGAACUUCACGUAUUGCCGAAAUUGCCAAACAAUAUGCGUUGGGAUGCGCUGGAUUUUUCCUUGAAUUACAUUACAUCUGUCGAUAGUUAUGUCUUCGCGGAUAUUUAUGUGGAAAAGAUCAGUUUGAAAUCGAAUUAUCUACGUCGGAUUGAGCCAACCGCAUUUGAUCAAAUCAAAAAUUUAAAACAAUUAUAUAUUAAUCAUAAUCAAUUGAAAGAACUUCAUCCUCAAGCAUUAAUCUCACCUGGUUCGAGUCUCGAAAUCUUCGAUGUUUCAUACAAUCCUUUUCAAUACCUAAAUAUCGGUGAAAUUCUCGUGAAUUUACCGAUGCUAAAACAAUUUCAUCUCGUUUCCUGUCAUUUAAACAACACAAGUAUUUACACAUUACUCAAAUUAACCGACACGACAAUAAAUGAUACAAUACAAAGAACAGGACAUUAUUCAUUGGAACUUUUAGAUCUCAGUUCGAAUAAUUUAACUACGAUUUGUCACGGUUUAUUCGAUGCGUUGUACAAUCUCGUCGAACUUCGUCUUCAACACAAUUCAAUACGUUUAGUUGAUAAUAAUUUUCUUCGAUCGCUUUCGAAAAUUAAGAUUCUUAACUUAGCGCAUAAUUCUCUCGAACAUGCACCCCGAUUAGCCAGUCAGACACUGGAAACUUUGAAUUUCUCCUCAAAUCAUAUUCAUUAUUUGAAUGAUUAUUUCGCGUCAAAUCUUCCCGCAAUUCAAAUCAUCGAUCUCGAUUCAAAUCUACAAUUGAAUUCAACUUCCACACGUGCAUUUUGCUUCCUAAAUCUGAAUUCCAUCGAAAAACUCACUUUUCGUUCGAACAAUCUUCUCACCCUGAAUACCUUUGGCGAACUUCUUUGCCGUUUAACUAACCAAACAGGCAAAUUUAACGUCAUCGAUAUCAAUCACAACAUGAAUCUAAAAUGUAAUUGUACAUUGAUUCAGUUUCAGAAUUAUCUCUAUCAUUUCAAUGAUUUAACAUGUACCCAUCAAGGUCAAGAUCGAUAUUACAUAUCGACAUUAUUGAAUUGGUACUCGAAUUGUCAGAUGGACUUUUGUAUGAUUCGACAACGGCAGAUACAACCAAACUAUUGUAAUCAAGUUGAUGCGGAACGGAUUGUCUACGAAGGCACAUGCGAAGCGAAAUUAUCGGCCAGUGAGGAAAGAAGACGAUUGAAAGCUAAGUUCACAUCGACUAUGACGACACUGAUUACAAAUCAAUGGUUUGACAAUACAACUGAUAGUCGAAAUCGAACUUGGAUAGAUAAUUCAACAAAAGCUCGAUUUCCAAGUCAGCAACGAUUAGGAAAUUCCGUUUCAUGGAAUCAAAGCUCUCUUCUCGUACUCAUCUUCUACUUUUUACUUUUGUUAUUGUAG